GGGAGAGAGUGAGUUUAUGUGUGUGUGAGUGAGCGGUUUACAUUAGCAAGCGGAGGGAGGCAACAUUUGCUCCUUUUCUAUUUUUCUCUCUCUCAUUCCCUUAAAUCUAUCACUGUCAACACAGCUACAGUCAUCCGGAAUAUAACCUAAAGACGAGGCAAAGGCAGAGGAGAGGAAGAGGAGCACGCUGAUAAAGAAGGGGAGUGCCUCAGCAGCAGUCAGCACCAUACACAACGCAUGCUGCUGUCUGAUGUCUAUCAUGCAUCCCAGCACUGGGAGCUAACCAACCAGCUUUAUAUCCUUAAAGAGCAGGACAGACAGCAGGCUACAGCAUCACAAAACCUGCCCUGAUCCAGGAAAAGGCCUGCAUUGCUGAGGAGGUUAAGGGAGGUUGAGUAUUCCCAGGAUGACCCAGGCUCACAGGCCCCGUUUACAGAGCUGCUGCUAUCUGACCUCCUCCCAGACUGGGCCUCUGGUUCCUGGCCCCGCCCCCUGGCUGUGAAGGAUGGGUGAUGGGCCUGUGACUGACACCCCUUGCCUGCCUUCCCGCCAUCCGAUGGAGCCGUUGUGGAACUCCUCCCUCCCCUUCUCACAGCCCAUGCCCAACACCUCUGCCUCUGAGUCACCUGAGGGUGGGGCUCUGUCCCAGUCACUAGCGCUGCUCGCCAUGCUGCUCAUGGACCUGCUGGCCGUGGUGGGCAAUGGGGCCGUAAUGGCUGUCAUCGCCAAGGCCCCACAGCUCCGUAAGUUUGCCUUUGUCUUCCACCUGUGCCUGGUGGACCUGCUGGCGGCCCUGGUGCUGAUGCCCCUGGGCAUGCUCUCAGGCCGGUCCUUCUUUGGCGAGGCCCUGUGCCGGAGCUACCUCUUCCUCAGUGUGUGCCUGGUCACCGCCGCCAUUCUCUCCAUCUCGGCUAUCAACGUGGAGCGCUACUACUACAUCAUCCACCCCAUGCGCUAUGAGGUGAAGAUGACCCUAGGCCUGGUGGCCUCAGUCCUGGUGGGGAUAUGGGUCAAAGCCCUGGCCAUGUCCGCCCUGCCGCUGCUGGCCUGGGCCUUACAGGGCGGAAGGACUCCUUUUCUGGAGGGUGCUGGAGUUGGGGGAGGGGGUGGGGGUGUCCCCUCACCCCCUGCUCAGAGUCACAGGCGAUGCUCCUUGCACUGGACGGGGGGCGGGUCGAACCGCAUGGCCUUCAUGGUCCUGUUCACGUUGGUGUACUUUCUGUGCCCGCUGCUGGUCAUCCUGGUGGUGUACUGCAGCAUGUUCAAGGUGGCGCGGGUUGCAGCCAUGCAUCAUGGGCCUCUGCCCACCUGGAUGGACACGCCCCGCCACCGGCGCUCCGAGUCGCUCAGCAGCCACUCCACCAUGGUGACCAGCUCAGGGACGGGCACGGGGACAGGGGUGGGGCGCGACACCCCUCACCGUGCCUUCGGAGGGGGCAAGGCGGCAGCAGUGUUAGCAGCAGUGGGAGGACAGUUCCUGUGCUGCUGGUUGCCCUACUUCUCCUUCCACCUGUACUCAGCUCUGGCCUCUAGCCCUCCAGCCACGCUGGCUCCCCUGGAGGAGGUGGUCACCUGGAUCGGCUACUUCUGCUUCACCUCCAACCCCUUCUUCUAUGGCUGUCUGAACCGGCAGAUUCGCGAGGAGCUGGGAAAGCAUGUGCCUUGCCUGUUCCGCCGGGUGACGGGAGAGGAGGACCGACUGCCCAGCCGUGAGGGAUCCAUAGAGGAGAAUUUCCUGCAGUUCCUCCAGGGCACUGGCUGCAACCUGGAUCCCCAGGACUCCCACAGCACCUCCAGCCCUAAGGGAGAGGCCUGCCGGCCCCUGGCCCAGCCCCCUCAGCCCAUACCUAUCGACUUCCGCAUCCCAGGACAGAUUGCAGAGGAGACCUCAGAAUUCCUUGAGCAUCACCAGAUUAAAAACAACCAUAUCAUAUCAGACAGUUAGGUUGUGUAUUUAUUUGAUGUAAAAACCAACAUAAAAAGUUACUAGGAUAACAAUUACCAAAGUAACAUAACCACACCCUGGUUUACGUCACAAAGUAUUACAAUACAAUGUUUUGAUCUUUUAUUUUUGAUUAUAUUAUUCUUAAAACUCAAAAGCUGUGCAAUGGGAAAUUGACUGAGAUUUUUGAGGAGUCCAUAUUGUCCUGAAUCGCUUUUUGCAGCUUCACUUUCCAUUCUGUAAAGGCUACAAUGCUAUGAAAUUGAUCUUCUUUGAGUAAUGUUCCCAUUGGAAUCAUUUGCUGGGAUAGGGUCGUGGCAUCUUUGGGAGAAAGACAAAUGGCACAACUGUAACUGCAGACAAUCUGACAGGUUAAUAUUGCCAGUGAUGCCAAUAUUGGUGUUUGUUAGAAUGAGUUUUAGAGAUGUAAUUCUUGACAUACCUUUUUUAGUUUUUUUACUUCACAAUGUAUUGAUAGGGCCAGUAUGUUAUUAAUACAGAUAUUAUCUCGGUAACACUUUAUUUGGAUAGUCCAUCUGUAGAUGCUCUACAGCAGGGUUCCCCAACUGGCGGACCGCAGGCCAAGUGGUGUUAUUUGGCACCCCAAGUUUUCAAAUAAAAAAUAAUUGGUGUGGAAUUUUCAUUGUUCGACAUACACUGAACAAAAAUAUAAACGCAACAUGUAAAGUGUUGGUCCCAUGUUUCAUGAGCUGAAAUAAAAGA